CGCUCUCUCCAUCGUUAGUUCAUUUUCAAAUUUACUGUUUAACGAUUGUGCUGAAAUCACUCGUGAAAAUGGGGAAAAUAAGGCAGUUUCAAACAACUUUGGCAUGUGUCUUCGGCUAUUUUAUAUCAGGUUCGCUCAACGUUUGGCCAUCAUAUUCGGUCAGCGAGUAUACAGCAGAGAACACCACCCUGAUUUCAGCUCCAAUGACUAGCUUCGAGGCUUCCAUGGUUGGAAGCUUACCGGCCCUUGGAGCGAUGCUUGGCACCAUGUGUCUUGGUACGAUUAUCGAUGUAUUUGGGAGGCAGAAAGGUGGAUUGUUCAUUGCUAUACCUUAUUUACUUUCAUGGGUAUUAGUGGAAAUGACAAAAUCGAGUAUAGUUAUCCUUGUGGCACGGUUCAUAGCUGGAGCAGCGGCUGGUGCAGCAUCAGUUCAUGCGCCAAUAUACAUUUCGGAAGUAGCAGAGGAGUCUAUCCGAGGAGUGUUGGGAUCAGCACCCAUGGCUUUCUACUGCGUGGGAGCAAUGAUAUCCUAUAUGUUGGGUUGGCUGCUUUCGUACCAUCAAAUCAUAUGGGUGAAUAUGGUGUUUUGCAUCAUGUAUGUCGGACUCCUGUUAUCCUCCAGGGAGAGUCCUGUGUUUUUGAUCAAGAAGAACAGAGAAGAGGAGGCAUGUAUGUCGAUAGCACAUUAUAGAGGUGAAUCGCCAGACUCUAAAAUUGUACUUGAAGAGCUGUCCAGGUUAAAACAUAGGCUGCAACCAGCGGAAUUAGUGCCUACGUCUGAACUUGACGCUGAAAAGGCAGAAAAGGAAAAAUUGGAGGAAAGUAAUGGAGAUAAAAUAUGUGAAGAUAAAAAGCCGCUGCCUUCAUACAAGCUGUUGUUUGUUUCACCAUCAUCACGACGAGCCUUUAUAGUUGUUGGACUUACUAUAUCUACACAGGUGAUGAUGGGGAUUGUUCCUGUGCAAGUAUACGCCAAGGACAUCUUCUCCCAAGCAGCACCAGGUCUUUCGUCGCACGUGUGUUCAGUCAUGUUUGCUGUGGUCCUCAUGUGUGGCAGCAUGUGCAGUGUGCUCUUCUCAGACAAGUUCGGUAGACGGCCAUUACUGUUGGGAUCAGCUAUCGGCGUUUGCAUAUGCCUGGUUACAAUGGGAUUCCUGAUGCAGACCAACGUAGCACCCGCGUGGCUUACAGCAUGCUUCAUCCUGGCAUUCUGUUUCUUCUUCAUGUUUGGAGCGGGAAGUGUACCAUACCUCCUCCUAGCUGAAGUAUUUGUGUCAGAGGUUCAAAGUUUGGCCUCAAUGAUUCUCAUGGAGUGGGUGUGGCUUCUCAACUUUUUCAUCCUCGGAGUCUUUCCCUUGAUGGUCAAAUACCUGGGCAUCCACGGUUCUUUCUACAUCUUCGCUGGCUUUUCUGUCCUCGAUAUCCUUCUUGCUUUAUUCAUGGUGCCAGAAACAAAAGGCUUGACGAAGGAACAGAUACAAGAGGCUUUUCUUGGAAGGAAACAGAAAUAGCGUAGCUUUAGGUUUUUAAAAGUUACGAAUUAGUUAAUUGAGUUUCAAUAAACAUAUACCAGUAGGAGGCUCCUUUGCACAGGAUGCCGGCUAGAUUAUGGGUACCACAACGGCGCUUAUUUCUGCCGUGAAGCGGUAAUGUGUAAGCAUUAUUGUGUUUCGUUCUGAAGGGCGCCGUAGCUAGUGAAAUUACUGGGCAAAUGAGACUUAAAAUCUUAUGUCUCAAGAAGACGAGCGCAGUUGUAGUGCCGCUCAGAAUUCUUGGGCUAUCAAGAAACCUGAGCGGCACUGGAUUGUAAUGGGCAGGGCGUAUCAAUGACUGUCAGCUGGACGUCCUGCUCGUCUGGACAAUUUCUGUCAUAAAUAAAAAUCCAAUAUUAUAAUAUUUAAAUUUAAGAGUCACAAUUGGCAAAAACAAGGGCGCAAAUUCCACAUUAUUUCGGAUAAGGGCUUAAAAGAUAAAAAAUAAGAUUUUAAUUCAGUUUCGAUUUCCUAAAAAAUGUUUAAUAAAAUUUACACUAUUCCAGACUCUAACGGCUGUUCCCAAUAUACUGUCUACGGAUAGAGAUAAAUUACUACCUUCUACUGUCAGUAAUUAGUCCCAGUACACCCGAAAAGUCAUUCUUAUCGCUUUAUAUUGGGACGUGUGAAUUGAAAUUUUCAUACAAACUUCUAUCGCUGCUAAGCUAUACGUCGUCCCAUUUAACAAACAGCCUGUACGGAUAAGGUGAAUUACCGUCGAUAAGUUUAUUGGGACAGAAAAGUCAACGAUAGUUAUCUCAAGUAAGAGAUAGACUGAAUAUUGGGAACAGCCGUAAGAUAUUAUAUCUCUCACAACAAUGUUACUACAGCCUUUCUAAAUGCCUACGAAUUUCUGAAUGAAAAGUUAAAAAAAUAAGUUUUAAUUAAGUAAUUAUUAUUAAGUAUUAGUUUUAUAAGACGCAUGCCCCUAAUAUUAUUAAUGUAAUAUAAUUGUUAUACUCUCUUUAAAUAGAGUUUCAUCUACUGUACCUAACUGUAAGACUACAAAUUCGUUAUUAUAUUAUUCAUAUAUUAUUAUUAAUAUUUAUAUAAUGAUAAGAGUGCAAUAAAUAUAAUAUUCGACGACCCCUAUAGCCCAGUGGUUAGUGACCCUGCCUACUGAGCUGGAGGUCCCGGGUUCGAAUCCCGGUAGGUGCAAACAUUUAUAUGAUGAAUAUGAAUGUUUGUUUCCGAGUCAUGUAUGUUUAUAAGUAUUUGUGUAUGUUUAAGUAAGUAUAUUGUGUUAAAUAUAUAUUUGUCUGGUACCCAUAGUACAGGCUAUGCCUAGUUUGGGGCAAGAUGAUUUGUACAAAUGAUUUAAGUUUUCUUUAGUGUUAAUUCCGCCAAUAUUUGUUUUUAAAACAAUUCGACACGUGUUUCGCCUCUACACGAGGCAUCCUCAGGACGUGUUGUCUCGCCAAAAUCUGGCACGAGAAUGAUAAUUAAAAAGAUAAUUUGUGUAAAUGUGUGUCAAUAUUUAUAAAAAAAAAUAUGUGAACUUAGUUUAAAGAUCAAUGUCUUCGCUGCGCUCCAACUAGAUGCCGUAGGCGUAGUCACAAAGUGCGGCAACUAAUACAAUUUGCUAAAAGGCAUAAAA